AUGGUGGUGACUAAAAUAGACAAAGGCCGGUGUGGAACCCUGCUGCAGAACCUCCUGUCCCUGCAGGCGCUGAUCCAGAGCCAGACCUCCAGUUGCUUCCCUCAGCCCCUCAUGGUCAGCUCUUUGAACUUCUGGGGGGUGUACCUGCUGCGCUGCUUCGUGGCCCACAUCACAGGGAGACUGCAGCUCGCAAACACGUGA